CACUCGAGCUCCCUCUUAUGGCGCCGCGUGAGGAGCGUGCCUGCGCGGUCUCUCUGUUAUCCUUACGACCGCGUAGACCUACAACACGGUGUUAAAUUGAUAACGCAACUGACAGGUGUAUCAAGCAUUUCGCGCCGCCAAAGGGAAGAGGUUGGCGCACAGUCGACUCGCUUCGGGCACUGUAGCAGCUGGAUGCACGGAACAGCCAUGAAAAAUCUCGAAGCUUUUGCUAUGCUGCUUUCUUCAGUUAUCUGUUCAUCAGUGUUUGCCUACAGAGACCAGAAUGGUUGCGAAGUGCAAGACAUCCUCAGUUGUUACAGUGGUCUCCGCAAGAAGAUUACUGACGAGGUGGGCUUUCUGCCAUUGCCACAACACGACGACGCUCAGAUUUCCUACACACGGUUUUGCAAGAGGAUCUUUCUAGAAAAGUCUUUAUGCUAUGGUGGUUCCUUGACAAGCUGUAGAAUGCACCCGGAAAUGACAGCCAGAGAAUCCAUGUAUCACUUCUUCUGGCACACCGUGUGUGGUAAAGAGCUGCAAAGUUGGAGGCAAUUUCAAGAGAUAAUGGGGAACACCGAAGACGGCAGAUGCGACAGGGCCCUCACACUCUUGAAUGAAACAGCAAACCAUGAUGACUGCAGAAACUUUGAAGGCGCUUUGAAAGAUUGCAGUGACUCUGUCGCAGAGAAAAUACAUUUUCCACCUGAUCUCCUGCCAGAAGCGAUGCGCCUUGUAGGAUGUCGGGAUGGUCCAAGUCAAGUGGCCAGCGACAUCAGUGACCAUGCGGCGAAAGGUGGCGUCGGUACUUCUGAUAACGACACCACACACAACCCCACACCGAGCUCAUCAGAACCUGAGCGGGAGCUGACCAUCCACGUCUGCGAAGCAACACGGGCGGCCCAGUGCCUCAGCCGCCCGUACAAGGCCGUGACCGACGGUGGGCGGUCACUGUUCACCACCAACACUGGGAAUUCUAUCUUGCUCAACGAUGUCGUCACAAAGUUCUGCCGGGACGGUGACUGGUCCAAGUAUUGUCUAAAGAGCCUCGACGUGAAAUUUUGCACUGCGGCAGAAAAGAACGGCUUGGAUCGAUUGGCUGGAGCGGCUGACGAGGCAGCGUCUGUGUUCUGUAACAACGAAGGAACAAUUUUGUCUGAUUUGAUAAAAUCAGCCCACUGCUGGGACACACCCGGAUUUGCACAGUGCGCGGAGAGCGCCGACAUAAUGAAUAUCAAGAAGAAUUUUUUUGCACCCGACUGGUCUCCGGCAAACUGCAGAAACUUGGAAAACUCGGCGACUGCCUGUAUCCAAAGAAGUGUGAUAAGCGGAAAAAACUGUUCUUCUCCAUAUGCUUCCGGGGCUAAGAAGAUAAUCUCAGCCUACCUUAGCAAGUUGAACUGUGAUUCAAGUACGAACGCUUUCAGUGCUACGACGCCAACCAGUAUUUUUGUUAUGUUCUUGAUCUUGCUUGUUGUUUCUUUCAAUAAAAUAUGUUGUUUAUAG